GCUAACCCAAGUCACGGCUGCGGUAAGUUGUAUUUUCCGCGCUUAAAACGCGAGAGUCGUGUGCGGAGCGAGAGGGGAGGGAAAGUACAAAAGUCCCAACUGCAGAGAGCAGACAUCGGGGUGCAUCCUCGUUGCGCACACGUGUUGAAAGAUGGUCGCCGCCGUGUGGUGACCGCGCGAAUACUCGAAGAGCUCUCGCGAGACAAUAUCCCAGCGACAUGACGUCGUGCUGUUACACCGCCUGCUCGUGCAACCGCGUCCCUCACUGCGCCGACUGGGGCACCAAUGGAUUGCUGUGCUUCGGGACGCGAAACGCGGUCGCCGUGUACGAGCCACGCGCGCACAUCGGCCGCGUGACGCACACGCUGCACCGGCAUCGCGACCACGUAAACACAGUGCACUGGAUCAAGCCGGGCGACGGCGCGCCGGAGACGGAGCUGCUGUCCGGCUCCGUGGACGGUACCGCCGUCAUCUGGAGCGGAGACGGCGAGAACGGGUUCCGCUGCACCUCGGUGUUGAACGUGGGGAGCAAGGUUGCCUUCGCCGAUUCCCUCUGGUUGUCCGCCGCGUCGGCGAGGCUGCUGAUAUGCGCGGGCUCGAUCAGCGGCGCCGUGCAACUGUGGCUGAGAGAGGGAGACAUGGACGCCAAGCACGUUCAGACUAUAGAUUUCGGAAGGAAGUUACCGCUGCACUGCCGUCUGACGCGUCUGCCGAACAGCACGUGUCCCCUUCUGGCCGUAGCGUUAGAGGACGCCUCUACUUUGCUGUAUACCGCGAGACUCGACGCGGGAUCCCAAGUGGAGCCACUUUUCGUGCAGGUCCAGCGUUUAGUCGGGCACGAGGACUGGGUGGUGUGCAUGGACUUUGCACAGGACGGCGACGACAAUCUCUUCCUCGCGACGGGCUCGAAGGACAGCAUGAUUCGAUUGUGGAGGAUCAGCGAGACCGUCGAGGAGUCGUCGAGCGACGAGCUUCAACUGGAGAGGGAUUAUUUUACAGCGGGCGACAGGCAGUACAACGUCACUCUGGAGUCCGUGCUCCGCGGACACGAAGACUGGGUUUACGGUGUGCACUGGCAGCCUGUGAAAACGGACGACUGCGAAACGAUGAGACUGCUGUCCUCCUCGAUCGACAAAACUAUGAUCGUGUGGGAGCCAGCCGAGAUCAUGAACGGAAUGUGGACGGAGGCGGUGCGUGUCGGAGUAGUCGGCGGUAAUUCCAUGGGCUUCUACGGCUGCAAGUUCGGCCCGGACGGACUACACAUAUUGGCGCAUGGUUACCAGGGCUCCUUCCACAUCUGGAAAUAUUCUCAGGAUGUGACUCGGUGGCUUCCACGUCCUGCACCCGGCGGCCACUUCUCUCAAGUGGUCGACUUGUGCUGGGAACCGAAAGGAAGAUUUCUCAUCACAGCCAGUGCCGACCAAACCACAAGAAUUCAUGCGCCGUGGAAAGGGGACGAUCUCGAGGAACUGUGGCACGAGAUCGCGCGUCCUCAGAUACACGGAUACGACAUGACCUGUUUGGCUAUUCUGGCGCCCCACACGUACGUUUCCGGGGCGGAUGAGAAGGUGGUGCGCAUUUUCACGGCCACGUCUGCGUUUAGGAACCAAUUGAAGUCGCUGACGAAUGUCGAGGAUUUCGAGUCCGUCAAGGCCCGCAGUGCCGCUGUACCCUCUCUCGGAUUAACGAACAAAGCGAUGUAUGAAGAAAACGAUGAGAAUUCACCGACGGGAUACGCGUACGAGCCACCCACGGAGGAGGCUCUGAUGCAAAAUACCCUUUGGCCGGAAACGAAUAAGCUUUACGGACAUGGCUACGAGAUAUUCUGUAUGGCAGCGAGGCACGACGGAAAAUUGCUGGCUACCGCGUGCAAGUCGACCACUCAGGAACACUCUGCGAUCUUGUUAUGGGCCACCGACACCUGGACACAAGUUCAACAAUUGGUCUACCAUCAGUUGACCGUGACGCAGAUGGCGUUCUCGCCAGACGACAGGUACUUGCUGUCUGUGUCGAGAGACAGGAGGUGGUCGUUGUUCAAAACCACGGACGGAGUUUACGAGUUAGUCGCAGCCAGCUUGAAGCAAAACAAUCCGCACUCGCGGAUCAUCUGGUGCUGCGCUUGGACGCAGAACUCGGGUUACUUCGCGACUGGAUCCAGAGACGGGAAGAUCGCCAUUUGGCCCAUAAGCACGAUAGAAAAUAAUAUCGCGCCGCUACUGAUCGUAGACACGCAAAACCAGUCGGUUACAGCGUUAUGCUUUACGUCAAGCUACACGAAAGAAGGAUCCUAUCUUCUGGCUAUCGGAUACGAGACAGGGUGCAUAGAAAUACGAAAAGUCAACCUAGAAUCAAAGGAGAGUACGCAGUUGAAACUGCUAGAUACCUCCCAGGCUCAUCAUUUAACUGUGAGAAGACUCAUGUUUCGGCCUAGCAAUCACUCACAAGACUAUCUGCAAUUAGCGAGUUGCAGUUCUGAUCAUUCUGUUAAGAUACACAAUAUAGAACUAUCAUUGUUGUCUGUAUCGUGAGAAUUUUUAUGAGAAUCGUACAUCUCUACCUGGUUUUUCGUAUGACACUGUAUGAAAAAAAUUUUGUACAAAAUAUAAAUUAAUCUAAAAAUAUAUAAUUAACAAGUGA